GAUGGUAGUGCAGCUGAUCUUUGUGCUCUUCGAGUUAGUGUCACUCACAGUGUCCAGUGAAGUGUUUGGAUUAGUUGACAAAUCUGUUCAACUGGACAUACGGCAUCCUGUACUGGAGUUUGAUGAAUUAUUAUGGGUUUUUAACAAGAAUAAUAAUGUUCUAAAAUAUUAUACUGAAUUAAAAAAAACGGAACAGACUCCUGGUUAUGAAGGCAGAGUGGAGUUCAAUGAGGAAACCUACAGUCUGACACUGAAGAACUUACAGAAGACUGAUAGCGGACUGUAUGAAGCAAAAGCAUCUGGUAAUAAAGUCAGAGUUGUUGCUGAGUACAGACUCUCUGUGUUGGAUCCAGUGGAGGCUCCAGUCCUGACUCACCAGCUAAACGGAGACGCCUGUAACAUCACUCUCACCUGUAGAGGUCAUGACCUCUCUAUCAACUCCAGCUGCUAUAACGAAACCUGUGAGGAGGAGGAAGUGACAUCACCUGGAGGCGUCACCCUUUCCCUUUCUGUCAAUGGCAGCACCAUCAUCUGUAACCAUAGCAACCCAGCCAGCUGGAAGAAGGAAGUUUUGGAGAUGGAAGAACUUAAACGACUCUGUGCUGAUGAAGGAGGAGACAAGCCGUCCAACACUGGCUCAGACUUUAUUUGGCUAGUUGCGAUUGCAGUGGGAUCCUUUCUAAUUGUUAUCAUCAUCAUCAUCAUCAUCAUCUUUUUACAUUGUCACCAGAAAAGAUCAACAGGUCGCACACAGUGUGAGAACACAGUCUAUGCAGAAGUUGAGAAUAGUGGUGCAGCUCCAGCUAUGGCGCGGGAGGGCCCUUCGACUGAGUACAGUGUUGUAGGGAGGAAACCACAACCUACAAGUAAUGGACAAUCCAGUCAGACUCCAGUUCCUGAAAAUGAGCAGUCAACCUCAGCGGAUAUCACUGUUCCUAACACCUAUGAAUCAGUUCCAGAUCAGAUUCAAUUUACGAAGCCUGAAACCAUUUAUGCCGUAGUUUCAAAACCCAACAAAUUGAAAGAAGCUGCAUCAGAUGUGAGAAAAUAAAGCCACUCUUGAUUUACACAGUUGGCUAAGAAGAUUCCCAGUGGC